UCCUCCAAACUUAGUUUACAAGAUGCUGGGAUUGGAUUUAUUCUUGUCAUAGAUCGCAGACAGGACAAAUGGACCUCCGUGAAAGCUUCCAUUCUGCGUAUAACUGCGUCUUUUCCGGGAAACCUGCAACUAGUCCUCGUUCUGCGCCCAACAGGAUUUUUCCAUCGAGCUCUCUCAGACAUUGCUUUCAAGUUCAACAAAGAUGAGUUUAAAAUGAAAGUACCUAUCAUAAUGCUGGGCUCAGUAUCAGAACUGCAGGGUUACAUUGAUAAAACACAAUUAACAGAAGAUCUUGGUGGCACCCUGGAUUACUGCCAUAACAGAUGGCUGUCCCGUCGCACUGCUAUAGAAGGUUUUGCCCAAAAGGUUAAGCAAACAGCUCAGAUUCUUCAGUCCUUUGGGACUGAGCUGGCUGAAACAGAACUACCAAAUGAUGUGCAAUCAACCAGCUCCCUUCUUGCAACACACACAGAAAAGAAGGACAAAAUGAAGGAGGAUAUCAGGUUAGCAGCAGAACAGGGAGAUGAUAUCCUCGAAAGUAUUACAAAACCAGUUACUGAGAAUCCUGAAUACAAACUGAAUCAAGAUCAGCUAGACAAUCAAACAACAGUAGAAAGACUUCUGGCUCAAUUACAUGAAACGGAGACUGCCUUUGAUGAGUUUUGGAUUAAGCAUCAGCAGAAACUUGAGCAGUGUCUGCGCCUUCGGAAUUUUGAACAGAAUUUCAGAGAGGUCAAAGCAGCUUUAGAUACUGUGUCUGAGAAACUGUCUGCUUUCAUAGAUGUGGGAAACAGCUGUUCACAUGUGGAGCAUAUUUUGAAAGAUCUUGCCAACUAUGAAGAAAAAUCAUGUGAAACUGUAGCAAAAGCCAGAAUGCUAGCCUCAGAGGGUGAUGCUUUUAUUCAAAGCAAUCAUUAUGCCGUGGACUCCAUUAUUCCAAAGUGCAGUGAACUUCAUCAACUCUGUGAUGCCUUCACUACUGAGAUAGAACGGAGGAGAAAUCUUCUUAACAAAUCUCUAGAACUGCAUAGCUUACUAGAAAAGUCUAUGAAGUGGUGUGAUGAAGGAAUUUACCUGCUGGCUUCGCAGCCAGUAGAUAAGUGUCAGUCUCAGGAUGGUGCAGAAUCAGCAUUACAAGAGAUUGAGAAAUUCCUGGACACUGGUGCAAGCAAUAAAAUCAAGGAGUUGAAUAAAAUUUACAGAGAGUAUGCACACAUCCUCAAUGAAGACCUAAAGGAGCAUGUGCAAAAGGUUUUCCAGAAGCAAGAAAGUAUGGAAGAAAUGUUUCAAAAGAGACAAGUAAGUCUUAAGAAACUGGCAGCGAAGCAGACACGUCCUGUUCAGCCAGUUGCACCAAGACCUGAAGCCUUUGUAAAAUCUCCUUGUACCUCUCCAGGUCUUCAAAGAGAGUACGUAUCCAACUCAGAAAGCAGUGCACUUCGGAGGGUAAACUACAGAAGAGGAAAGAGUGAAAUGACUGAACUCCAUCAAAGCAGAGGAGGAUCUACAAUGGAUGAUGAAGAAAACCUAGCCGUGUUACGGCAGCAUGUAAUGAAUGAACUUAUUGAGACUGAACGAGCAUAUGUGGAAGAACUUCUCUGUGUUCUUGAGGGUUAUGCUGCAGAGAUGGACAACCCCUUAAUGGCUCAUCUCAUAUCACCAGAACUCCAGAAUAAGAAGGACAUCUUGUUUGGGAAUAUGGAAGAAAUUUAUCACUUUCACAACAGAAUAUUCUUGAGAGAACUAGAAAACUAUGUAGAAUACCCAGAACUAGUAGGACAGUGCUUUCUGGAUCAGAUGGAAGAUUUCCAGAUUUAUGAAAAAUACUGUCAAAAUAAACCUCGAUCUGAAAGUUUGUGGAGGCAGUUUUCAGAUUCUGUGUUCUUUCAGGAAUGUCAAAGGAAACUUGAUCACAAGCUCAGUUUGGACUCAUACUUGCUGAAACCUGUUCAAAGAAUAACCAAAUACCAAUUAUUGCUAAAGGAAAUGCUGAAGUACAGCAAGAACUGUGAAGGUGCUGAAGAUCUUCAGGAGGCAUUAACUUCUAUACUGGGUAUUCUCAAAGCAGUUAAUGAUUCUAUGCACCAGAUAGCCAUUACCGGCUACGAUGGUAACCUGAAUGAGCUAGGCAAGCUUUUAAUGCAGGGAUCCUUCAACGUCUGGACUGAUCAUAAAAAGGGUCACUCGAAGGUGAAAGAUUUGGCACGCUUCAAGCCAAUGCAGCGACACCUUUUCCUCCACGAGAAAGCUGUGCUGUUCUGUAAAAAGCGAGAAGAAAAUGGAGAAGGAUAUGAGAAAGCACCUUCUUAUAGCUACAAACACUCCUUAAAUAUGGCAGCAGUUGGAAUAACAGAAAAUGUCAAAGGUGAUGCAAAAAAAUUUGAAAUCUGGUAUAAUGCAAGGGAAGAAGUUUACAUUAUACAGGCACCAACACCUGAAGUUAAAGCUACUUGGGUAAAUGAAAUAAGAAAAGUGCUGACGAGUCAACUGCAGGCAUGCAGAGAAGCUAGUCAGCACAGGACACUAGAACAAACACAAAGUUUACCUCUACCAGCAUCAUCUUGUACAAGUCCUUCACGGAACCACAUCAGAAACACCAAAAAAAUGGAGGAGAGAAAAGCUGAUCUUGCAAGUCUAGAAAGUUUUGGCACCACAGUAGCACCAAAGUACCCCGAGAAAGGCAAAGAUGACACUAAUUCUACCUCAGAAUGCUCUGUACUGUCAAAAAAGCGCUUUACGCUGCAGGGCUUUACUAACCUCAAAAGUCAGAAAGCUUCUCCUACCAGUCCUGACAAAAAAGCUAAACGGCAUGAAGUAGUGAGUGACCCAACUCCUUUUGGUUUAAGAGGUUGGGCUAAACCAUCUCACUCUCUUGAUGCAUCUGAAGAAAAUGAUGGCUGGUCUAGUGCUGAAGAUCCGCUGAAUUCAUCAGAUGCGGAGGAAGAAGGAGGAGGAGGAGGAGGCGAGAUGAAGCUGACUCCUGGUAAAUACACAGUUGUGACUGAUCAUGAGAAAGGAGUUUCUGAAGAAUUUACAGCGAAAAGUGGAGAUCUAGUUCAACUGAUUCGUGAAGGGGAGGAUGGACUCUGGUAUGUGAAGAACCUGAGCACUGGUAAAGAAGGUUGGAUCCCAGCAAACAACCUGCUGACGCUCAUAGGCAAUUCCAAAUCAGCUCAAUCUUUAAGCAGCUCUGAAUCAGGCACUGCCUCCAGCACAUUGAGCACAUCAUCAAGUUGCAGUGAUAGCUGCAAUGCCAGCAGCACCAGCUUCUCGGACAUUAAGGGCUAACAUUAAAUUUUCACCCCACCUCAAUGGAAGGUAAUUCUGGAAUUUGUCAUUUUGUGCCGAGUUCUGGACACAAAGGAGAACCACCAGUUCUAUGUCACCUCCCUGAGUAUUUUCAGUGGUGAUGUUCACAGGUUCUCCCAGAAGAUCCCAAUGAAAAGUGCAUGGAAUGUGAAGUUGUAAAUAAAAGUUAAAAGAUUUGGGAAAAGGUCUUUAAGAGGCUUCUGCUCUACAGUCUGAAGCUGCAGAGUUGGUAGCAUAAAACAUGUUUUCUCACUGAUACACAAUCAGGUUUCUGCAGAACUGUAUCAUUUUGUAACAGCCAGAAUCUGAGUGUGAGCAAACAAAAUGUGCUCAGUGCUAAAUCCUCAGUGUAAACUAAUAACAUAGCAAUCACUGUACAGGAUAGUAUGAGGAAAAUAAAUCAGAGUUUACAAUUUCUCCUCCCAAAAACCCCCUUUCUCCAAGGAUGUACCUCAAUCAGUGCAGUGAAUGGGACUCUUGCAGCAACUGGGAAGGAGGUUUACUCCAGCCUUUUCUCUUCUCUUGCAUCUUCAGGACAUUCUUCUGCUCCCUAGAGACUGGGAUCAGACAUGACCAAUUCACUGACCACAACAGCAUCAAAAAAAACUAUUGUUUUGUCCUUUCCAACUUUUUAAUGACGUGUGCAAUGGAAUAGCUGUUUUCUGAGGUAUUUUGGCCUCACAACCAAAUUCUUUACCACGAUCACUGUGUUUACAUAGCCUUGGCAACUUAGUAGUAUACUUUUUUUUCUUAAAGAGGUGCACAAUGAAACACAAAUUCUUACUCAUUAAAUUAUUUCUUAAUAAAUGGUAAUUACACAGUUACCUUCAGCUUUCACAAUUAACAUGCAAUUACAGGCAGAGGAAACUAUUGGGCUGCACUAUGGGUCAAGAGCCUUCCUUGAGACAAACCUAUGAGGGCCAGAAAUUGGGUGUAUUUUUAGUCAAUAAUGUUUGUUGCAGUUAUUCAAAGAGAAAAAAAACAGUGACACGAUUUUUCCAUAAAAGGGGAGCAUGGGAGAAAAAAAAACGUUAUUAGGUAAGAGCCAGGUUUAUGGUACAAGUAUUUUAAUUUUUUUAAAAGGAAGGGUGAUGCUAAACUUGCCAUUUUUUCAAGGUAUGAUGUAAGCCAGUGCUGUAAAUUUUCAUAUUGUCAGGUGUUCUUUGCAUGUCAUCCUUACCAACAGUUCAAAACUGUGUGCAUGUAUGGAAUAUUGUAUUCAUUCCUGUCCAUCUCUCAAAUAUUUUUACUUAUAUGAAAACAGGUUUUUUAGUCAUUCACAUACCAUAUUACUUAAAAAUAAUGUGGACAUUGAAAGCAUAGUUCUUCAGCAGCACUAAGCACAGCAGAUUAUGUCUCAGUCCUCUGAUGGCUGAGCAGUGAAGUCUAUCUUUGUGCUAGAGUUUUAUAUUUUAGAGACUGCAGCUUAGGAAACUUGAACAACAAAUACUCUAAAGAAUGAUCUUACUCCUAGGUUGCAAAAGCAACCCUACCCCAGAUGCAAUCAAAAUGCAGCUGACCAUGGUCAGUACAAAUUGAAACGUAUAUAUACACACACAUAUAUAUUUAUGUGCAUGUAUGUGCUUGUGUGUAUAUAUAUGUGUGUGUAGAUAUGUAUAUGUGUGUAGAUAUAAUGUAUCAAUGUAAAAGAUGUAUUUAUAGUCUUCAUGCUGCUGAAUGUGUCACUUCACAAUUCAUAAAGACUUAGGUUUCUUGUAAUCCUGCAAUAUAAAGGCUGAUCAGGGUUUUACUUCGGGCAUCUUUUCCAACUCAAAAAUCCUCUGAUCUUUUUAUAAUUAUCCCAUAUAAUACUGUGCUGACCAGGAAUAUUAGUCUGAUAUUUAACAAUGGAAUGGCAACAUGAGAUUAGCUUAUCUUCAUCUAUGUAAGUUAUUUUGUAAAUUAUCUGUAACAUAAUUUACUUAUAUAUUGCUGUCAUUGCUAUUAUGAGACUGUCCUUUCAUUUCUUACUGCAGCCUCAUUUGUGUGAUUUCAAUGGUUUUUCUCCACAUCAUUGCACUUUAAUACAACCCAUUUCACCAUUUCCUUUUUUACUGCUGUUGUGAAUUAGAAGUUCAAAGUCAGAGGUCUCUAUUGUAAUUAAAUUUAAUAAAUUUCAGCACUUCUUGCUGAAUGCCUUUAUAUAGA